AUGACCCGUAGCCUGACCCAGAAACGCAUUGACGCCGUGCUGGCGAAGCGCGACGCCGGCAUCCCGCCCGAGUGGCGCCCCUCGCGUGGCGCCCCGUCCCUCCUGGACGCGAAGGAGCGCGCGAUCAUCGCGCUCUCCGCGACGGCGUUGCGCGACGAGCUCGCGGCCGGCCGGCUUACAGCCGUCGCCGUCACCACCGCAUACUGCAAAGCGACCAACUGCCUCAUCGAGCUGUAUGCUGACGACGCGUUGGCCGCCGCGCGGCGCCUCGACGCCGAGUUCGCGCGCACCGCCCGUCCCGUCGGGGCACUGCACGGCGUGCCCGUCAGCCUGGCGGACGACGUGUGUGUGCGGGGACACGAUGCGGCGGCCGGCUUCCUCUCGCUCGUAGACAAGCCAGCGGCGGAAGACGCGCACGCCGUGGCGAUCAUGCGCGAUGCAGGCGCCAUCUUUUUCUGCCGUGCGUCCUCCCCCGGAUAUUUCGGAACGACCACAAACCCCGCGAACGCGGCGCUGACGAGCGGGAGCGGCGAAGGCGCGCUGCUCGGCAUGCGCGCUUCGCCGCUCGGCGUGGGCACCGACGUCGGCGGCGGCGUGCGCGCCCCCGCCGCCGCGACGGGCGUGUACGCAUUCAAGCCGACGUCGGGCCGCCUGCCGUCCGUCGGGGCGAGCGUAAUCCACCCGGCGGGAUGGCACGGCAUGCCGCGCACGCCGGGCGUGCUCGCGCGCGCCGCCCCCGACCUCGAGCUGUACAUGGCGCUUAUGUGCGGCAGCACCCCGUGGCGCCGCGACCCCGCGCUCUCCGUGCAGCCGUGGGUGCCCGCCCAACGGCGCAAGUUCCGCGUCGGGAUACUGCGCGACGACGGCGUCGUCGCCCCCGUCGAGGCUGUCGAGCGCGCGCUCGAAAUCGCCGCAAACCGCCUCCGGCGUACGUGUGACGUGCGGCCUUUCGAGCCGUUCCACAGCGCGCGCGCGUGGGACCUCGUGCGCCGCCUGUACUGGCCAGACGGCGGGGCGCGGGUCAUGGACGCGCUCGCGGACUCGGGCGAGGAGGUGCGCCCGCUCACGCGUUGGAUCAUCGAGCAGAGCGGGCAUGCGGGGCGCAGCAUGGGCGCCGAGGAGCUGUUCGCGCUCUGCGCGGCACGCGACGAGUUCAGGGCACGCCUCGCGGCGCAUUGGGAGGCCGCGGGCGUAGACGUCGUCCUCAUGCCGGUUGGGCCGACGCCGGCCCCGAAGCACGGCACGGCGAAGUACUGGAAUUACACGUCGUAUUGGAACCUCGUGGAUUAUCCCGCCGGCGUGUUCCCCACUGGCUUGGUCUGCGACAAGGAGGAUACGCAUGACCCGUACUGCUUUCCGCGUAAUAGCGUCGAGAAGGAGAUAUGGGAUAGCUACGAUCCCGAGGCUCAGGCUGGCGCCCCGCUCUGCCUCCAAGUUGUCGGGCAGAGGGGGUAUGACGAGGACACGCUCGCGGCGCUACAGGAGAUCGCGGCGGCCGUGCAGGCGUAACGCGGGGUGUACAGGAAGUCUUGUUAGUCAAGUGUGCUGGAGUGUAAGGUCGAGCCUGCACCAGCGGCAAAGACCGCUGCAGACACUGCAAUAUGACGUGAGAUGGACAAUGAACUGGGACCCCUUGGGUGGCGAGGAAAUUUCGCAACUCGAAACGCGUUUCGUCAAACGGGGAGAAGCGGCGCGGGAACCUAUCCCGCCCCCUGCCAGUUACGCGUUCCGCGCCUGCGCACUCUGCGGAAGGUGGUGUUUGAUCGACACGGGAGGUGUUAGUAUGUUGAGCAAUGCAAGGUUGCGCCUCGUCAGCGCAGACGACGCAAUUGAUGACG